AUAACCAACAUUUUAAUUUAGCAAGUAUUAAAAAACAAUGUGAGAUAUUUCCUGAUAUAUUAAUGUAAGUGGCACGUGUGAAUAACCAACAUUUUAAUUUAGCAAGUUUUAAAAAAACAAUGUGAGAUAGUUCCAGAUAUAUUAAUUUAAGUGGCAAGUGUGAAUUACCAGAAAAGUGUGCGAUUUUGUCCCCAAAACUUUGUACACGGUAAUUUCUAAUCCUUUCCUGUAGAUAUGAUCCGACUCCGAGGUCGCACCAUGGCCAGAUACUGUUGGAUAUUAAAACAAAUCUGGUACUAUUUGGUGAUUUUUUAUCUGGCUUUUACGUGUUUUUACGUAAUAAAUGUCGCAUUUCCAUCGGAUACAGGUACUCCUAGGAGCAAAGCAUCCCAUCAUCGUAAGUCCCGUACCAAACACGACCCGAUUCCCAGACCAGUAACAGUGUUACCAGUCGAAUUGCAGGAACGCGAAGACGACGAUUUUCUCGCCAUCUUUCCCGAUCCCAACUUGCAUCCAAAUCCUCAGCAAAUUCGACUCAAGAAAAGACGUGAACAUCUACUCUUGGAAGCGGACCUUGAACAUAAUCAGCGCAAGCAAUUAGAGCGGGAAUUAAAAAGACAACAAUAUGAACAAGAUCUAAAGAUAUGGAAUCGCAUUAAAUUGGAUGAAGACGUUGUUAAAUAUAAUUUCACAAAAUCCAGGACUAAGAAAAGGGUGGACAUAAUUACCAAAAUACGAUGGCGGUUUCUGAAAGAACAUUCUGUUAGCAUCAAAGACUUUGAAGACCAGAGAAUUCCCAAGAAUAUGCGGGAAUAUUUCCACACGAUCCUAAAGAAAAUGAAUACCGAUCAGUCUUUCGAAUACAAUUACAAAUCCUUUUCAUUCCGACGCCCUUCCUUUGUUUCGGACACGGACAGGAAAAUUUUCCUCAAGCAUACUGAAAACGAAAAUCUAAUACAAGGAGGGCAACCCGGAGACGAGUUCCGUGGAUAUGUGGAUAUUUACAAGAAUGGAAUCAUUUCAGAAAAAUUGGAAUGUGGUACCAAAAGCGUGCGUCGGCGAUAUAUGGAGUACACGACCGAUUCCCACGUCAACGUCCAGAAAAUAGACCAGGUUGUUUGUCCACUGCUCAUACCUGAAUCGAGCACCUUUCAACAUUUCAUCGACGGCGUUCUUCCAAAGAUAAUACAAGCCUACGAUAUCAUUGUUCCUUUUGAUGUGAAAUUCCUUAUCCAAGCCCCGCGAGAUGAAAAUAUUUUAUUUUUGUACGACAGACUUGGCAUUGAAAGGAAUCGUCUUAUAUACCAUAAGAGUGGGAUUUGGCAGGCAAAGGCCGUCGUCGACAUCUGCAAUACGCCAACCAUGCAUCCGUCGCUUUACAAAACUGCACGAAAAGCUUUUGGAUCUUUGGAUAAUUUGACGGUGCCGUUAAGUCAGGCGCAUGUUGUUCUCAUCACAAGAGAAAACGUGGUGAAUUAUGGACGAAGGAUCCUCAACAAAGCUGAAAUAGUCGGUACACUGUACAACCGAUAUGGACAAAAUUUUCAAGUUUUAUCAAAGACCUUGAACGUGCUUGAAACUGUUGCUUUGUUUAAGACUACGAAAAUAAUUAUCGGUGUUCAUGGAGGGGGACUUUAUAACCAAAUAUUUGCUCCAAGUGGCACGACUAUCAUAGAAAUUAUGCCCACAGAAAAAACGGGCGAAGUUUGUAAACGGAGUGGUAAUUUAUCACAUCAGAUAUUUUGGAAUUUAGCAGCCAUGUUGGGACAAAAAUAUUGGCGCAUAAUUGAAGAACCUAAAAUGAAUUGUGAUGUUAAAGUUGACCCUAAAAAAUUAGAGAAGGCAUUGAACAUAAUUGAUGAAAAACAUCGCAAGGAACAAUUAGGCCUACAAAGCUAAAUUGGGUAAGGGUUUGGGUUUGGGUGGGUU